CAACAAAGAUUAAGAGUAAAAAAUGUCACACAUGACUUUAAAACAGUUUAUGUUAAGAUCAGAGGUGUUGAAGUUGUACCGGACAAUGUUGCGUGUGACAUAUCAAGUGGAUAAUCCUGCACAAAGAAAGGAACUGCAGCAAUGGAUUAGAAAAGACUUUGACAAUAAUAAAUGUCACACAGAUGAGGUUGCCAUUCGAAUGAUGCUAAGUAAAGGAAAACUUGCCUUAAAUGAAUUAAAUCAAGCUGUAAUGUUGGCCAAAUGAGACAGUGUGAAUAAAUGUAAUUUCAUUUACCCGAGUCAGGUCCAACUACUGCUGUCAGUGCCUGGUACUUACACAAAUAUAAAACAGACGAAAUCUGUGACAGAUGUAGUAUUACUGACCAUUCUAGAUAAAAUAUUUUCUUGAGUGACCACUUGUGUGCUGUUGUUGCUAAAAACAAAUAACAAACAUUACCUCAUUGGCUAGAGUGAUUGCUCUUGCUCAUCUCAAUGUAUAUUUAUAAAGAUAAUUGCUAUAAAUAAAAUAAAUGGUAGCAGUACUUUGAUUACUAGUCUUUUUCAUAUAGCUAGUGUACAAUAUUUGAUGUUAUUAAUUAUUUAUAAUACAAAUACAGAAUAUUCUGACAAUUUUUAAUGGAAAAAAAACUUUAAUUGAUUGAUAUUUUUUUUUAUAUGAGCAGAGUUUGUAACCCUUAUAUUUUAAAAAUACCUAAAUAAUAUGUUAGUAUGUAUGGAGACCACCUGAUAGUAAAAAUUUCACAGGCAAAGGAAGAGAUGAUCAAUGAUAGAACAAGGUCUAAGAUGCAAACUUGUGGUUGAUAGCAGAUGGAUGAUCCUUGCAGUCAAAAACACUAACAUGAUAAAGGGAUUAUUCUUAUAGGGACAGUCUGUUGUCACAGUUAUACACAUCCCCACUAAUUAUACAGAUGGCUAUAUCCCAGUUACUUCAUUCAUUGAUGAGAUGCAGUAGCUCAUACUUGCAGUCCUUGAAUGAAACUUCAAAGUGUAAUAAACAAAGAAUAACAUUUUGGUAAACUGAGCAACUGCAAGUUUGCUGGCCAUUUUAGUAUCUGCACAUUUUAAUAAUUAUUUUUGAGUUAACUUAUUUUUACCACUUGUUUUGUUCAUGGGUCUUUAAAAUUUGAGUUUCAGUUAAUUUUUACAAUUUCUUUUCCUCACUUUUUCUCAAUUGUGGAUUUGUUAAUUUUAACUGUUCAUAUUCAACUAUUGUUAAUGUUGCAUUUUGUUAUUUUCUUGGAAUAAAAUCUACAUAAGAAU